AUGUCCGACAGCCACAGAAGCGAACCACCUCAAUCACCACCGGACGAGCAGAAUCUGAAGUCACUGAGACGCACGGAAAAAGCCAGUGAUGAGCGGGAGAAAGAUAAUCGAAAUGGUCCUCGUCAUGUUCGUCGAGGAUUUCUAUCCUUUCUGUGCUUGGUCCCAGCAAUCGAAGACCCGCGACAAUAUCCCGCAGGACGCAAGUGGUUCCUGACGGCCAUAGUGGCAGGGGUAGGACUGGUUGUGCCUCUGAGCAGUGGUGUCUUGUUCCCCUGCCUCAUCAUGAUCGCCGAGGAUCUUCACACGACCGUCUCCGUGGUGAACCUGUCCAUCGCCUUUGGCUCUCUCUCCGUCGCCAUCACAACCCUCUGGUGGUCCCACCUGGCAGAACUCUACGGCCGCCGACUAGUCUACCUCCUCUCCUUCUUCUUCCUCGGCCUCUUCAGCAUCCUAGCCGCAAUCAGCCCCAACAUCGGCAUGUUCAUCGCAAUGCGCCUCCUCACCGGCGCCGCCAGCGUGUCCCUCCAGGCCGUCAGCGCCGGUACCAUCUCCGAUAUGUUCGACGCACAAGAACGAGGCAAAGCCAUGGGUGCGUUCAUGCUCGGCCCGAUGCUCGGGCCCAUGUUCGCGCCCAUUAUCGGCGGCGCCCUGGUCACCCGGUGGAGCUGGCGCAGCACGCAGUGGUUCAUGGUGGUCUAUGGGUGGGCUGUGUUUCUAAUCAUGCUGUUCUUCAUGCCGGAGACGGCGACGAAUCUCGAAGCGAACCAGCGGAACGAGUGGGCUACCUCGACAAGAGCGAUGAGAGUUGUUAAUCUCUUGCUGAAACCCGUCCAGGCGGCUAGCUUGCUGCGGUACCCGCCCAUCCUCAUCACCGUCUAUUACACCAGCAUCCGAGAACUGCCUGCUGGCGGGUAUUCUCUUCCCGGGGCAUUGUUGUGGUGGGGGUGGACGGCGGACAAGCAUGAAUUCUGGCUGGUGCCGUUGAUUGGCAACUUCUUCUACGGCCUUGCCGGAAUGAUCCUCACCAAUGUGACCAUGACGAUGCUGACCGAGUUCACGCCGAAGAGGUCGACCACGGGCGUUGCGGUGAACAAUCUCAUGCGGAACAGUCUGUCCUGUGUGAGUGCGGUGAUUGCGCAGCCUCUGUUCGAUGCUAUCGGUACUGGCUGGUCCUUUACAGCAGCCUGUCUCUUCUGUCUGCUCAGUGGGAUACCUCUGAUUCUGUUGCGGAUCAAGCGGGACGAGUGGAGUGCGAGGAUGAGGGUGGCUCUGGGGGAUAUGCAGUAG